AACUGUUCAUGGGAACAAGUAAAGAGGCCAUUCAUUCGGGAGUAGGCGUUUUUAAUGGGGAAAGUCCAUCUGCUUAUAAUCCGGAAAAUCCAAUAACACUCUUUAUUAUACAAUGUAUAAUUAUUAUUGGAUUUUGCAGAUUACUCCAUCUUCCAUUGUCUCGUUUGAAACAACCUCGAGUUAUUGCUGAGAUUAUUGCAGGAAUCCUUUUAGGGCCUUCAGCAUUAGGAAAAAUUCCAUAUUUUAAUAAUCAUAUUUUUCCAAAAGACUCCUUAGUAAUUCUUAAUCUUGCUUCUAAUAUUGGACUGGUUUUUUUUCUUUUUGUGGUUGGCAUGGAAGUGGACAUUCGAGUUAUUCGUCGGCAUUUCAAAGUUGCGCUUAGUGUAGGACUUGGAAGCUUGCUUUUGCCUUUCGCAGGAGGGGUUGCUGUUGCUUAUGGCUUAAAUAAGGAAUUCAAUGAUAAUAAAGAAAUAAAUCUUGCAGUAUUUUUCAUUUUUAUUGGGACAGCUUUUUCAAUUACGGCUUUUCCUGUACUUGCUAGGAUUCUUACUGAGUUGAAACUUCUUCAAGAAAAUGUGGGCAUUGUUGUACUUUCGGCAGGUGUUGGCAAUGAUAUGAUAGGAUGGGUUCUUCUUGCACUUACAAUUGCUCUUGUUCAUGCAGGAAGUGGACUUAUCUCUCUCUAUGUUCUUCUUCUUGGAAUUUCAUGGGUGCUAAUACUUAUUUAUAUUAUUCGUCCUAUUUUUAUUGCAUUGGUCAGAAAAACUAAAAGUUUGGAAAAUGGGCCAACAGAAUUUAUAAUAGCUAUUACUUUUUUUUUGGUUUUAGGUUCUGCAUUUGUUACUGAUAUCAUCGGUGUUCAUCCAAUUUUUGGAGGAUUUCUCGCUGGUUUGAUCAUACCUCAUAUUAGUGAUUUUGCAGUAAAAGUAACCGAGAAAGUUGAAGAUCUUAUUACUAUUCUUUUUCUUCCUUUGUAUUUUGCAUCAUCAGGACUUAAAACUGAUAUAACCUUAUUAAAUGAUAAGAUUUCCUGGGCAUGGACUAUUUGUAUUAUUUUUACUGUAAUUAUCACAAAGGUUAUAGGAAGCUCUUUAGCUGCCCGUAUAAACGGCUUAUUAUGGCGGGAAUCCUUUACAAUUGGUAUUCUCAUGAGCUGCAGAGGUCUUAUUGAACUUAUCGUUCUUAAUGUUGGUCUUACUGCAAAUAUUAUAAACCCUAAGAUUUUUACCAUGUUUGUUGUUAAUGCAGUUCUAACAACAUCUCUAACAACACCUUCUGUAUUGCUUCUUUAUCCUUUAUGGUAUCGUGAAAAAGUAAAACGAUGGCGUGCUGGUAAAAUAGAUUGGAAAAAUAUAUCAACAAAAUUUAAUUCAAAAGAUGAAAAUACUUUUAACAACUCUAUUGUCCCAAUAACAAUUAAUAAGUUGAUGGUCGUUCUUAAUCGUGUAGAGCAUCUUCCGCCUCUUAUGGCAUUUAUUCGCCUUCUUUCCCCAGUAUCAUCAGUAAAGGCUGAUCAUUCGCCAAAUACCUGUUUAGAUGCGUUAGAUAUAACAGAGGAGAUUGAAGUGCCUCUUUCUAUUCAUGGAUUACGUCUUAUUGAACUAACACAGCGUACUUCAGCUAUCAUAAAAGUAUCAGAUAAUGGAGAAAGUAAUAAGCUUGAUCCAUUAAUGAAUGUUUUUCGAACUUUUGUUCGUCUAAACAGAUUACGAGUAUCUGGCAGCUUAAAAUUUGCUUCAGAAGAAGAAUUUUCUAGCAGUGUCAUAGAACAGGCCAAGGAAAUUGGAGCAGAAUUUUUAAUUAUACCGUGGAGUACUGAUGGAUCUAUUUCUGAUGAAUCUGAGAAAAGUUUUAAACGAAUUUCAAGUUCUUUUGUGCAAAAAUAUACAACUGCAAGACAUAAUGAAUAUGUAGAAAGUAUUUUUGAUAGUGUGCAUUGUGGAAUCGGUGUUCUUAUAGAUCGUGGACUUGCUGGAAAUAUAGUGCAUGAAAAUUUCGACCCACAGCUAUCUGAUUUAGACAGGAAAGUAUCUUCAAGCUUCCUUACUCAAUAUGAUACUAUAUCUUAUACAAAUACUAUGUUUGAAAAUUCAACUCCAAGUGAUGGUAGAUAUCAUAUAUUUUUUCCAUUUUUUGGUGGAGAAGACGAUCGGGCUGCUUUAAAUAUUGUUUUUCAAUUAGUUACUAAUCCUGCAAUAUCGGUAACUAUAUUUCGAAUAAAGGCAAUCGAAAAAAGUAUAUCCAAUAGUCCACAUUGUCUUUCUAUGACCAACACCAAAGAAUCACAUUCCUUUGAAGCACCGAAAAAAAACUAUAGUGCACAUUUGCAACAUUUUAAUAUGCAAUUCCGAAGCGAUCUUCCUCGACAAGUCUCGAUGUCACAAAUGCCAUUAGAAUAUGAUGAAACAAAAUGUGCUAUAAUAUCCGAUUCACAAAAUUCAGUCCAAAGUGAACUUGAUGAUAGGUUCAUAGAAACAUGUAUGAAUUCUAUUCUUCAGAAACAUUCAUCUCGUGUAAGUCUUGAAAUAGUUAAUAGCACUGUUCCAUUACAACAUGCAUUAUCAUUAGCCAAACGAGAGAUUUCCAAACAUAAGUAUUAUGGAGGUGGCUCACUUAUUAUACUUGGACGUUCCUGCAGAAAUCCCAAUUCUUAUAUUCGAAAAGAUUUAAUAAAUAUGUUAAAAGCAUCUGAUUAUCCUACUGGAGGAGGAUCAGGUUUACGAAGAUGUCUUGGUGAUUCAGCCGAAGCUUUCUUAAUUGCUAAAAUCAGAGCCAGCAUAUUGAUUAUUCAGGCGCCAUCAAGCUCUAAAUCAUGUUAAAUGUUUUU